GUCACACGCCUGUGCGGAGACGGUCGAGUCGAUAAACGUGAGUCGCCUAGUAAGCUGAGGCCUGACUCAAGUCACACAAACUUUUAGAAGCAAUUCACUGAAGUCGUUCGGCUCUAAUGGCUAGUGGACAAGGUAGAGCACGUGGCCGCGGUCAAAACUCUGCAGGCAAGGCAGCAGGAAGUUCUUCUCUGCAACGCCCUGGCGGUUUGGGUCUGUUUUCAACCAGGAAAAGUGAGAGGGCGUGGUCUGAAGAUGUGAGGCACAGACGGGAACCUAAACAGUUGCAGUCGUCUUCAGAGAUGUCUCUGUUUCUUGAAACUGAAGCUACUCUAUCUAGAGACGUUGUGCUUUUCUACGGUUUAAAAAAUUUUAUGACUCUUUGUCGCAACUCAAAGAUUACGGCAAUCGACCGUAAGGAGGGAGAAGGUGUGGUAGUAAGGGGAACCUUUCAAGCUGUUGAUGAGUUGAGCAGUCAGCUGCAAACAGCAGUGUCUAGAGGCUCUCAAACGGUUGCUUGGAAUUUGGCAUUCUCACCGAAUUUUUGCGCUACUAUAGAUCACACAGCAAAUACUGCUGAUGGUAAUAGCCAAGAUACUAUUUUAUCACCUGCAAGUAAUCACUCUGACAAUCCAGACUGCAGAGAACCUGCUGAGAUAACUCCUCAGUUGCCAAACUCAGACAGGUUUACCACAGGCUCAAGCAUAAACAGCGACAAUGAUUCUGUAGCUGUAGGAACGGUUGCGGACACAGACAAACACACAUCUCUUAACCUAGAAUUAGCUAAGACAACAUGGACUAUUAUUACUAUAAAGCUGGAAAAACGCAUUCUAACUGUUAAGGGAAAAUACCAAGUUGAGAUCAAAAGGAACCCUGCAGUUGCAGAUAGCAGCGUGAUAGUGACCAUUGAUGGUUCUGACGCUCAAGAGGUUGAGCUCGCUCGUGCUGCUCUCACUGAAAUUGCAAGAGAUGUUGAGAAAGAUCUAACUUGUGAGGAGAUGCUAUGGCAAGGUAGCACAGAUAUAAGUUGGAUGCGAAAGAUACAAUGGAAAGACCUUAAGACUCUCUACUCGUUCACAUUUGGACAAAAUUGUGUAGUAGUUACUGGUCUAUCUAAUGAUGUUAGAAGAGCAAGAUCAAAAAUUAAGGACAUGCUAGAACAAAACUUCACUGAAACUGCUGUGGCCAAGAUGGUCGGAGUUUUCAAUUCAAACAGGUCUAUAUUGAUAAAGAAAGGAGCCGCGAUUUCAGAAAAAGUUGACGUAGCUAUCAUUGUAACUGCGCUGGACAAACUAGAGAAGAAAAAGGUUGAAGUUGGAAUAAAAAAAUCAGAAGGCUUGCCGUAUCGGUAUCUUGUCACUGUGUGUGCCACAGUGUCUAGCUCGUACAGUGAGAAAGAAAUACAAGAGAUUGUGACUAAGGUUUGCCAUGAAGGUCUUCAGAAAGCUGAUGAAGUGAAAGCAGCCGUUGUAGCUAUUGAAGACAUUGGAUCACAGCUACGAUUGUCUUCAAAGGAUGUCUUUAUUCGGUCUCAGCUGACCGCUAUACAAACAUUUUUUGAAGACAAUCCCAAUACUUCAGUGCGAGAAGUGAGGGUUGUUGUAGACAAGGACUCGCUUCAGUCAUUUCGUCGGGAAGCAAACAGUUGCUUCUCUUCAACAGUCGAUUGUGAGGACAGCGAUUGUGCUGGCCAUUCGGAUGCAUUUUACUGUUUACAAUCUGGUCCAGAAGGGAAUUGUCCAGCUGAAACAAGAACUGCAAAAGAAAUUCAACCGGGAACUAUGAGUUAUAAGCAUCUUAAAGAAAGCUUGCCUGGUCAUGAAGGCGUAGGCACAAUAGAGAUCACGUACCAUAUACCUUCUGGCUACUACAACGGGAAUUCUGCAAUGGCUUACGAAGGACUAACUGCAAAUGCAUAUUUGCCCUACGACCGGGAAGGCAAUGAAUUGUUACCAUUGCUAAAAACAGCAUUUGACAGUGGUCUCACAUUUGCUGUUUAUCCGUUAUCUCUUAAAGAAGUCAAAGGAUUCCGUGUUUGGUGGAAUGGUAUAAGUCACAAGACAAACCAGUCUGGAGGACGUGAAAAGAAUGGAUAUCCUGAUGAAGAAUAUUUGCAGCGUCUAAGGAAGGAUCUCCGAAAGAAAAAAAUUGGAUUAUCUUGAGACAGCUUUAGUUAGCUAGUAUAGUUACAACGAUGUUCAGACUUUAGCGUCAACAUUUUGUUCGCAGACCGUCAGUUUUUGUGUGUUCUGUAGAUUGCUGUGCAUGUGAAACAAUAUUUAGCCCCUUUUAUGAAUUAAUAGAAAUAUAGCUGACGUUUUUAAAAUUAA